AUGACAUCCUCGCUCGGAAAGCGCAAGGAGAGGGAGGAAGAUGGGUCUUUUCCUAUCUCACAUGGGUCGACUCUUUUCGUGUCAAAUCUACCGUACACAGCGACAUCUACGGAUCUGAAGACCCUUUUCUCUGAUCUCGCACCCGUACGGUCUGCAUUCGUCGUGCUUGAACCCGGCUCAGGGGUAUCAAAAGGCGUCGGUUACGUUUCUUUCGCGAUUAAAGAGGAUGCGCAAUUAGCUUCCGACAAGAUCGCGGAGGAGGGACUCGCGCUGAACAAGAGACAGUUGAGGGUUCAGUGGGCGGAGUUGAAGGGCAGGGACAAGGACCAGACGCGAUCACCAGUCAAAACUGAGGCAAAAUCCCCGGCACCUCGGCCUCAGCAACCUGCGUUAAAAGACCCUCUCGCUAUACGCACAGUAGUCAUCUCGGGUCUACCUUCAUCAAUAGACUCCAAAACGCUAUGGAAGAAGAUCCGCAAGCUCGACGGCGCUGAAAAAGCGGAGUGGCCAGCCAAAACAAGUAGUGGUGAUGAGGACAGCGAUAUCGCCCACGCAUUAUUCGCCACGCCUUCGGCCGCUUCGGAAGCAGUCAAUAAGCUACACGCGCACGUAUUCAAAGGCUCCCUGCUAUCAGCUACAUUGAAGAAACGACUUGACGGUCUGGCUAAAGCGCCCAAAGCCAAGAAGGUCGAUGCGCCGAAGCAAGGCGCGAAGGGCGGCGCACCGAGCCGCGCGAGCCGGCUCAUCGUGCGCAAUCUACCGUUCGACAUCACGGAACAAGACCUCCGCGCAGUCUUCCUCCCGUACGGACCCAUCUACUCCGUCGACAUCCCUCUGAAAGACGAUGAGGGCGAGGGCAAGCCGCGUGCGAAGGGCUUCGCUUUCGUCUGGAUGCUGAGCCGUAAAGAUGCGGAGCGCGCGAUGGAGGAAACGAACGGGAUGAAGGUCCAAGCGGGCAUGGCGGCACGGCUGGUGACGGACAAGCAGAAAAAGAAGAAGCAGCGGAGGGAGGAGGAAAAGGCGGAGAAAGCAGCAAAGGGUCAAGGAGAGGAUGCAGAGGAGAAUGAUGAGGGACCGGAGCCGCAGGGGAAAGAGCGUGUCAUUGCAGUAGACUGGGCGCUGAGCAAAGACAAGUGGCAGGCGGAGAAGGCGAAGGUGGAACAGGAAGCCGCGGAUGGAGACGUGCAGAUGGGUGACGAGAGUGGCGAGGCUGGUGAGGAUGGUAGUGAAGGCGAGGGCUCCGCAAGUCAAGAUGGGCAGAUCGGAUUGCACGAGGACGAUGGGAGUGAUGUGGGCAGUGAGAGUGGUAGUGAUGAAGAUGACCUCACGGGCGACGAGGGUGACGAACAAGAUGAGGGCCGGACAAAGCCUACGCUGCCUCCUCCAGAAAGCGGUACAACCCUGUUUGUUCGCAACGUUCCAUUCGAGGCAACAGAGGAUGAGCUUCGAACUUUAUUCCGUGCCUUCGGCCCACUCCGUUACGCUCGCAUAACGGUAGAUCACGAGAUCGGUCGCUCUCGUGGAACUGGUUUCGUCUGCUUCUGGAACAAAGCGGACGCGGACAAGGUCGUCGAGCAGAGUGAGAUUCUGCGUGCCGAGAUGCUUGGAGAGAGUGACAAAGCCACGACACAACCGAAGAAGAACCCUUUCAAAUUACCUUCCUUGCUCACCCCGGAUCCCUCUUCCUCGAUAGCUCAGAACCUAGUACUUCAAGGCCGGACACUGGACGUCAUCCGCGCUGUGACGCGGGAUGAGGCCGGCAAGCUCAAGGAGGCCGGCGAAAGACAACGAGAGAAGGCAGACAAGCGUAACCUCUAUCUCCUUCGGGAGGGAAUCAUCCUGCCCAACGCGCCCGCUGCCGAGUCGAUGGGUCCAGCAGAAGUGGAGAAACGGACUAUGUCAUUCAACGCCCGGAGGGCGCUCCUUCGCUCCAAUCCAUCUCUAUACGUGUCGAAGACGCGGUUGAGCAUCCGACAACUGCCCCUCUUCGCGACCGAGCGCAUGCUCAAGAGACUCGCUGUGCACGCUGUUCGUGCUUUCGAGAAGGAAGUCAAGGAGGGAGCGCGGGAACCAUUGACUGCCGACGAGUUGGCUGAGUCCGUCGCACCCACGAACGAGGACGAGGCCAUCAAGGCCGAAGACGACGAUGGCGUCGCGCAGACGAAUACGUCGAAAGGGAAGGGGAAGGGGAAGGACCAUAAGGCUGGUCGCGAUACAGGUGUCAAGCAAGCCAAGAUUGUGCGUCAGGCAGACCGUGUCGACCCCGUAACCGGCAAAGGACGUAGCCGAGGCUAUGGCUUCUUGGAGAUGGCGAAGCAUGCAGAUGCUCUGCGAGUUCUCAGGUGGGCCAACAAUAGCACAAAAGUCGGCCGGAUGUUCGACGAGUGGUGGAAAGCCGAACUGGAAGAUCUGGUCAAGAUCGAGAAGAAGAAGCCGCAGAAGGAUGAAGCGCGAUUGAAGCGGUUGAGAGAUGAGUUGGAAAAGGGCGCACCCGUCAAGAGCAGAGGGUCCCUCAUUGUCGAGUUCUCGAUUGAGAACGUACAGGUCGUUCAACGACGAGCUACCCAGCAACGCGACAAGCAAUCUGAACAUAGCACCUCGAAACCGCCCCAACGCAGAGCAUCGAUUCCAGCUGUGAAGGCAGAAGAGAGUCAGGAGCGACCAAGCAAGAAGCGACGUCUGUCAGACUUGUCGCGGACACAAGAGAAGGGGCAUGAUGCGAAUCAAGCCUCCAAGGCAGGUAAACAGAUUGGCUCUCUAAUAGGUAGAAAACGCAAAGAGAAGAUGUCCAAGCGGAGUGCUGCUUGA